UUAGUAAGGUCCUGGUGUCCGAACGUGUACCCCGCCAUCAAAAUUCGUGUUUGAAAAUUCCAGUAAUUCUCGCCGAUUAUUCGCUUUCUUUGCAACUUGCAAGCAUACGAAUAUUAUUUAAAAUGGCAGCUGCACCUUCAAACCCUUCUACUUUGCUUCCAUUAGAGUUGGUUGACAAGUGCAUAGGUUCCCGAAUCCAUAUCAUCAUGAAGAGUGACAAAGAGAUUGUGGGCACACUGCUUGGGUUUGAUGACUUUGUCAACAUGGUACUGGAAGAUGUAACUGAAUAUGAGUCUACACCUGAGGGUCGUCGUGUUACUCAGCUGGACCAGAUUCUUCUAAAUGGGAACCACAUUACAAUGUUGGUUCCUGGUGGAGAUGUAACUGACUGAUCACCGGAUGCAGCUAAUGCUGUUAUUCAUCAACCCUCUGCUGCAGCGGCUACACUUCGAAGGCUUUGCAUCUCCAUGUGUUUUUGACAGAACACACAGUGAUGUGGAAUGUAUUGUGAUAUAUUCAUUGAUAUUCUCGUUCUAGAGAAAUUUUCAUCAUCAAAACCAUUUGCUUAACCUUUUUACCUGACGGAAAAAAAAUUGAUGGUUGCCAUAACUCUGAUGAUAAUCAUGCCGAUUUUUCUUUCUGUUGGAUCUUGUACUGUCAUCUAUUCUUUCUAAUUUAUUUGAACGUCCUAAUCACCCUCAAGAAGUAAAGUAAUUGUAGAUUCAUGCAUGGUAUAUAAGGUAAUAUCAAUUUCUUAGCCAAGUCUUGGCUCUGAUGAAAUGGCAUCUUAUAUACAUGUUGACGGUAAGACAGCUUGGGAAAAACUUACCUGUUGUAAGUAUAAAAUUUGUCGUUUCUACAAUCGAUUUGUUGAGUUUACUGCAUCUCUAAAACUGUAGCUUUUAAAUUUAAAUAAGUUUUUCAACAAUCCUAGGCAAUUAACUGCUGACAGGGAAACCUUAGUUAUUACCAUUAGUUGGAGCUUAGCUCAUUCAAUCCAAAAUAUUUUCAAGUGUUAAUUUAUGCAAAUUCUUGUAUUGUAUCAGGUAUUUUGUAUCUCGCAUUUUCUAUGCAAGUGAUCUCAUUUGUAUAAUUGUGGAUCACUUAUGAAUAUGAAUUUUUUUCAUGAU